GUUUUCAGUUCCCAUUCAGAGGAAGAAGAAAUAAGGCUUUGGGACUACUCGACCCACAGAUCUCCCACAUACUUUUUCUUCUCCUCCAGUCCUCCUCUUCCAUUUCCUCCCAAAUGGCUCAAUUGAACUAUUUAAUUUCUUUUCUAACGGUCACAGAUCUCUUCAUAUCAGGAGUAAUCUCAUCAGCAACAUUCACAAUAGUAAACAAGUGCAACUACCCAGUAUGGCCAGGCAUUUUAACAAACGCUGGUGUUGCACCACUCCAAACAACCGGUUUUGCCCUCCAGAAGGGAGAGUCCAAAACCAUCAACGCACCAUCGUCGUGGGGCGGCCGGCUCUGGGGUCGUACCCAAUGCAGCGAAGACUCCACCGGAAAGUUCACCUGCGUUACAGGGGAUUGCGGCUCAGGAAAGGUAGAUUGCGCCGGGGCUGGUGCCGCACCCCCCGCCACCCUGGCGGAGUUUACGCUGGACGGUAGUGGUGGCAUGGAUUUCUAUGACGUCAGCUUGGUGGAUGGGUACAACCUUCCCAUGCUGGUGGUUCCUCAGGGUGGUACCGGAGUCAACUGUAGAGCCACGGGAUGCGUGGUGGAUUUGAACGGCGCCUGUCCGUCGGAGCUCAAAGUGACGAGCAAUGACGGAGCGGUCGCGGGGUGUAAGAGCGCUUGUGUGGCGUUUAACCAAGAACAAUACUGUUGCAGCGGCGCGUAUAACUCACCCGACAUUUGCAAGCCCUCUUCGUACUCGCAAGUUUUCAAGAACGCCUGCCCAAGUGCAUACAGUUAUGCUUACGAUGACAAAACCAGUACUUUCACCUGCGCAGGUGCUGACUAUCUUAUUUCCUUCUGCCCGUCGCCGAACACGAGUCAAAAAUCAUCGUCGGAUGGGCAAAAUCAAAAUCAGAAUCCGGUUGCCGGAAACUCGCCGGAGUACAACAGCACAAUGGUGUACGAAGGUGCACUGGACGUGAGUGGAUCAUCAUCACCAUCCAUGUGCAUGCACGUGUUCGGGUCACACGCCAUUGCCGGUUCCGUCGCAAUCGUGGCUGCAAUAUGGCGGUUGUGUCAGCACUUCUAACUUGCCCAUUAGCUUUCCACUCUGCCCCAUCUAACCUUGUCGGAUUUUAGGUGUUAUCUCACAUGUGGAUGUGGACCACCCAACUUUUUCUGGUCCCUUUCCAUCUGUGGGCCUCUUGAACCUGCUACGGCCCAAGAACAUGGGCCAACGUGACGAGGAACUGAGUCACUACGACAAGCAUUCGGAUCCCACCAAAUACCUUUCAACACAUGACGAUUAUAUACGUGUAAGAAGGACAAUGUUAAACUUGCGAAAAAAAAAAUUGAGAUAAACAAAAAAUGAGAUCAAGUGACUUGGUGCUAAUGCAAAUUAUAAUUUUGUUCAUUAUAUUAGCUCCACGUUAUUUGAUCUAAUUUUUUAUUUUUAUUUUAAUUUUUUCGAUAAUAUAGCAUUAUUUGUAGAAUGAAUUAUACACCACAAUGGGGGAAUGGGUUGGAUUUUUUUUUUUAAAUAGUUUUUCCUGUUUUUUUAUAUUAAAGGUGGGGGAGGAGAUUAAUUUGUUGGGGAUUUGGAAUUAAAUAUUGUAUGAAAUAUUUAAUGCAAGCACUGCGUUUGGUGGCAUGUAUAAUAAUGUUUAAAGUUUCAAUGUCGUUUUUUGUCUUCCUGUUGCUGUAAAGGGCGUGUUUAUAGACGAAGGAAU